CAAAGCAGAAACGGUCAGGUCCUCGCAGCAUUGUACCUCUGCUCAGGCUACUACUUCUUCAUCACCGCUGGGCCUGGGCCCAGGAGCCACCACAGGCGACACGGAGCCACCAGUGCUGGAGGGGGAGCCGUGGGUGCGAGGCAGCGUUGGGGCAGAGGCCCCAGGACGCCCGCCUGGCCCCAGGCCUCGCUCUGCUAGGGUCCCCCCACGGGUACCCCCCCCUUCCUGGUCUGAGCAUUGUGAGUGUGCCCGGGAGUCUGGCAGCAGUGGCAACGUGGAAACCGGCGUGGGCUGGGGAGUUCGAGCUACAGGGGGCAGUGUCAUGCACAAGCAUCAGCACUGCUGUAAAUGCCCUGAAUGCUAUGAGGUGACCCGCCUGGCAGCCCUACGGCGCCUCGAGCCUCCUGGCUAUGGAGACUGGCAAGUGCCGGAUCCCUAUGGUCCAGGGGGGAGCAAUGGGGCCAGCACAAGUUAUGGAGGCUACAGUUCCCAGACCCUUCCCUCACAGGCGGGAGCCACGCCAACUCCUCGCACCAAGGCCAAGCUCAUCCCCACUGGUCGGGAUGUAGGACCAGUGCCACCUAAGCCAGUCCCAGUCAAGAGCACCUCCAAACUCAACGGCAGUGGCCCCAGCUGGUGGCCGGAGUGCACCUGUACCAACCGGGACUGGUAUGAACAGGUGAAUGGCAGUGACGGGAUGUUCAAAUAUGAGGAGAUAGUACUUGAACGGGGCAACUCUGGCUUGGGCUUCAGCAUCGCAGGUGGCAUCGACAACCCCCAUGUCCCUGAUGACCCUGGCAUCUUCAUUACCAAGAUCAUACCUGGUGGAGCUGCUGCUAUGGAUGGGAGGCUGGGGGUGAAUGACUGUGUGCUGCGGGUGAAUGAGGUGGAUGUGUCAGAGGUGGCGCAUAGCCGAGCUGUGGAGGCGCUGAAGGAGGCAGGCCCUGUGGUGCGGUUGGUGGUGCGGAGGCGACAGCCCCCACCUGAAACCAUCAUGGAAGUCAACCUGCUCAAAGGGCCCAAAGGCCUGGGCUUCAGCAUUGCUGGGGGCAUUGGAAACCAGCACAUCCCAGGAGAUAACAGCAUCUACAUAACCAAGAUCAUUGAGGGAGGUGCUGCCCAGAAAGAUGGACGCCUGCAGAUUGGGGACAGGCUGCUGGCAGUGAACAAUACCAAUCUACAGGAUGUGAGGCAUGAGGAAGCUGUGGCCUCACUGAAGAAUACUUCUGAUAUGGUCUAUCUGAAGGUGGCCAAGCCAGGCAACCUCCACCUCAACGACAUGUAUGCACCCCCAGACUACGCCAGCACUUUUACUACCUUGGCUGACAACCACAUAAGCCAUAAUUCCAGCCUGGGUUACCUCGGGGCUGUGGAGAGCAAGGUCAGUUAUACUGCUCCUCCCCAGGUUCCUCCAGCCCGUUAUUCUCCUAUUCCCAGACACAUAUUGGCCGAGGAGGACUUCACUAGAGAACCUCGCAAGAUCAUCCUGCACAAGGGCUCCACAGGCCUGGGCUUCAACAUUGUAGGAGGAGAGGAUGGAGAAGGCAUUUUUGUCUCCUUCAUUCUGGCAGGAGGCCCAGCUGACCUGAGUGGAGAGUUGCGGAGGGGAGACCGGAUCUUAUCGGUGAAUGGAGUAAACCUGAGGAAUGCAACUCAUGAACAAGCUGCAGCUGCUCUGAAACGGGCUGGCCAAUCAGUCACCAUUGUGGCCCAGUAUAGGCCUGAAGAGUAUAGUCGCUUUGAAUCAAAGAUACAUGACUUGCGAGAACAAAUGAUGAAUAGCAGCAUGAGUUCUGGGUCUGGGUCCCUCCGAACAAGUGAGAAGAGGUCUUUAUAUGUCAGAGCCCUGUUUGAUUAUGACCGGACUCGGGACAGCUGCCUGCCAAGUCAGGGACUCAGCUUCUCUUAUGGUGACAUUCUACAUGUCAUUAAUGCCUCUGAUGAUGAAUGGUGGCAGGCAAGAUUGGUGACCCCACAUGGAGAAAGUGAGCAAAUUGGUGUAAUCCCUAGUAAGAAGAGGGUGGAAAAGAAAGAGCGAGCUCGAUUGAAAACGGUGAAGUUCCAUGCCAGAACAGGGAUGAUUGAGUCUAACAGGGACUUCCCUGGGUUAAGUGACGAUUAUUAUGGAGCAAAAAAUCCGAAAGGACAAGAGGAUGCUAUUUUGUCAUAUGAGCCAGUGACUCGGCAAGAAAUUCACUAUGCCAGGCCUGUGAUCAUCUUGGGCCCAAUGAAGGACCGACUUAAUGAUGACCUGAUCUCUGAAUUCCCACAUAAAUUUGGAUCCUGUGUGCCACAUACUACCCGACCUCGGCGUGAUAAUGAGGUAGAUGGACAAGACUAUCACUUUGUGGUAUCCCGAGAACAAAUGGAGAAGGAUAUUCAGGAUAACAAGUUCAUUGAGGCAGGCCAAUUCAAUGAUAAUCUCUAUGGGACCAGCAUUCAGUCAGUUCGGGCUGUUGCAGAGAGAGGCAAGCACUGCAUCUUAGAUGUUUCGGGCAAUGCUAUCAAGAGGCUGCAGCAAGCACACCUUUACCCCAUUGCCAUUUUCGUCAAGCCCAAAUCCAUUGAAGCACUUAUGGAAAUGAACCGACGGCAGACAUAUGAACAAGCAAAUAAGAUCUAUGACAAAGCAAUGAAACUGGAGCAAGAGUUUGGAGAAUACUUUACAGCCAUUGUACAGGGUGACUCGCUGGAAGAGAUUUAUAACAAAAUCAAACAAAUCAUUGAGGACCAGUCUGGGCACUGCAUUUGGGUCCCAUCCCCUGAAAAACUCUGAAGAAUUCCCUCCAACCAUUCUCUUGUGAACAGAAGAAAUCAAGUCCCUCUUCCCUCCUUCUUCAUUCCUGUCCCCAUGAGAAGAACAAAGGACUACUGUUCUUGUCCCCUUUUUUUAGAUAUGUCAAAAAAAUGAGUUUUCUAGUCCUGUUCUGUUCUUUUCUUCAAUUUUUGUUUUGUUUGAGUUUAUUGGGAGGGGGGAAUGUUGCCAUCUCACUAAUCAUGUGACUAUGCCCAUUCCUGCAUGGACCUUUCCCAAACCCUAGCACAAGUGCAAAUCCAUCAGAAUCACUGUUUUCUUAAAAAUCAAACAGAAGCAAAGAGAAGAGGGGAGGACUGAUGGAUAGAAAUUCUGGACAGCUACAUGGAUUGUGAAAUGAGCUAUAUUGCACAACAUAAUGUGAUACCCCUGGAACAUUUCUGUAUAUCUGUACUGCUGUCUUGCAGCUCUGAACAAUGCAACAUAAUGGCAAAUGAAAGUAUUUUGUGUGUGUGU